UCAAUUCACAAAGGGUGGCGGCUGCGGUCGGUGGCUGGGUGUCCGGUUGGGAGGCUCGUGGCGAAUCGGUUUACUUUUUCUCCAAUUAUUUUUUUCAUUUGUUGACUCAGUUACACAAAACCGAUAAAGAGAAGCGAAAAAAAAGGUGUCCCGACUUGGUGGUGGGUUCGCGUAAGUGGACGCCAUCGUGGCCGUCGCAGUGAGCGCGAGGAAGCCGACACGAGGAAGUCGUUCCGAGGAAGAAGUCUGCCGAGAGUAGUCGAUUCAGGUGAACCGUACGCCUUGAGUGAAGUUACGGACGUCGGUUCCAGUGCACAGUUCCGGGAAGGAAGCCACGGAUGUACACGGCAGACCUCGAAUUCGAAGAAUGAGAAUACUCGCGGGUGAAGUGACGGUGAUCGUUUGCAAACUGGUUGUACUGUGGUCAUUGCAUGGCGGAGAAACCGUCGGUGGUGCGGCCACCAGUGAAAGUGAACCGGUGCACCGGGUGCUGGAACGGUUGGAGAAGCUUAACCGGGUCGGGACGUCGGCGUAUCACGAUGACUUCAUCAACAGAAUAAACUACGACGUUUACGUAACACCCGUGAUGAGUCCGCAGCAGCGUGCGGAGACGUUACGGUCCAAGAACCCGUUACUGUCGUGGCUGGCCAACGUGCUGACCUUCGGAGGAGCUGCGACCCAGACCCAGACGACACGACCGGAAGUGGCGCUGGACGAGGAACCGGAAAAAGCAUGCCCAAAGUGCACAUGUGGCGUAUCCCUCGUGACGUCCCGGAUCGUUGGCGGUGUAAAAGCAGAUAUCCUCGAGUUUCCCUGGAUGGUGAUGUUGCUGUAUAAGGGUACGUUCUACUGUGGCGGCUCGUUGGUCAGCGACCGUUACGUCCUGACGGCUUCGCACUGCGUGUUGAACUUCAAACCUAGCCAGAUCACGGUGAAAAUCUACGACCCCGCCAACUCCCGGAUGGUUUCACGAACGGUGGAGAAACUCUACGGGAACGAUCGGUUCAACUUGGAUACGUUCAACAACGACAUCGCCCUGGUUAGGCUACUGCAACCGGUGAACGUGGUUGAUCAGUACGUGACCGUGUGCUUGCCAACGCCGGGGAAGAACUUUGCUGGAAUGGACGGAACCGUGGCCGGAUGGGGUAAGCUGUCUAACGGUACACUGUCACAGACGUUGCAGCAGGUCAAGGUGCCCAUCAUGACGAACCAACAGUGCAAAAAGAGUGCUUAUCGAGCGACCAGAAUUACGGACAAUAUGAUGUGUGCCGGGUACUCGGAAGGAGGUCGUGACGCGUGUCAGGGUGACAGUGGAGGACCACUUCUGGUUGGAGAUGCAACUCUUCGGGAGAUUGUCGGAAUCGUAUCGUGGGGUGAGGGUUGUGCCAAACCCAACUACCCAGGAGUGUACACACGAGUGAAUCGAUACCUGCAAUGGAUCAAAACACACGCCAAAGAUGGCUGCUUCUGUGAUCCACCGGAAUAGCUACAGCCAGCACAAAUUGUGGCUAGAUAGUUUUUUUUAGUUACUUUAUCUACUGAUAAGUUCUUUUGUAGUAGAGCGUAAUGUGAUGUCGCGAAAUGGACCGUAAUGGUCGAAGUACAAUAGCUCUUGGAAUGCCAAUAAAUUAUCUCGUAUGAACACUUUUACAAUUGUUCAUCAUAAUUUUAUCA